ACACACAAAGUUGUUUAAUUCGUUUAAGAAGCGUACUCGACAUGGAGAAAAACUCGAUUGAAAUAUUACACGCAGAUGCAGACAGUUCCCAAAUCGCUGAUAGCAAAAUCUUCUUGGUGACGGAUCGUGUCACUGUUCUCGAGAUUCUAAGCUUCAAAUAUUUGCGAGAUUCGAGAACUAUUGAGAAAACAGGAAACCGUAAAUCAAUCAGAUGACAGGAUACUUCGCAGGAGUGAUGAGAGUCAGCACAGUCUUUAGAAACGGUCUCUAUCUCGCGCACGUUGCACCGAUAUGAAGCUGAAGGUGACAGAAACUUUUGUUCGCGUGUGGCCCCAGUGGGCCACCUGCGUGACAGUGACCCUAUUGUCUAUCAGUGUGGGAUUGAAGAUCGGUUGGACGUCCCCUUACCUGGCCCAAUUGACCAAAGAAGACUCGCCACUGCGCGUGACCGAUGACGAGGCGACAUGGAUAGUCUCCCUGCUUCCGUUCGGACGAUUAUUCGGCGCCAUGGUUGGCUACCUAGCUAUGGAAUAUUACGGCAGCAAAAGAACUCUGUUAAUCUCGGGUGUACCUAUCAUGAUCAGCUGGAUUUGUAUAAUAUUCGCCAAUUCGGCUGUCUGGCUCUACGUAUCUAGACUUUGCGCAGGUAUGUGCUUCGGCAUGUUCUACGGUUGUUUCGCCAUGUACAUGGGCGAGGUGGCGGCACCCGAAAUUCGCGGCGCCCUGGUAAGCACGAUAAUAAAUGGACUUCCGUUCGGGACGUUGAUCGGGAGCAUAAUGGGCAGUCAAGUGUCCAUGAUGUGUUUCGGGCUUGUAAGUCUGGCUUUGGCCAUCUGCUUCGUGAUGAUCUUCCCGCUGUUGCCUCAAUCGCCGCAUCACUACGUGCGCAACAAUAAUUCGACCGAGGCGAGGAAAACUAUUCAAUGGUACCAUCGGAAAUCGAACGUGAACGCGGAACUGGAAGUGAUCGAGAACUUUGUGCGAUCCUCCGGGUCGAUGAACUUCCGCCACAAACUCAAACAGAUCACGGAGAAGAAGAAUAGACGGUCGUUGAUUUUGAUCAUCUUUCUGUACAUCUUCAUGCAACUCAGCGGGGUAAACACUGUCACGUACUACAUGGAAAUUAUCAUCAGGAAGGCGAAAGUGACGAUACUGGAACCGGCCACUAUUGUGAUUAUCGUCAAUGGAAUCGGUAUAGCGGUCGGCUGGAUCAGCGUGUAUCUGAUCGAUCGAUACGGCAGAAGGGUUCUCAUGGCGGUGUCAUGCGGCUGCGUAAUCAUCGGAAUGGUGCUACUGGGAUUACACUUUAUGUUAUUGGAACAGAAUUUCGACUCAAAAAAUCUGGAAUGGUUGCCGAUCCUGGCCAUGAUAUUUUACGUGAUGAUAUCUAUCGGUCUGAUACCAGUUCCGAGCACUAUACUCAGCGAGUUUUUCCCGGAUGAUUUAAAAAGUAUCGCUGGAUUCGCCGUGAGCAUCACAUCCGCGUUAUUCGCGUUCGUCUCCAGCGCAACCUAUCAGCCGAUGAUCGAUCUCACGAGCGAAAAAUACGUUUACUGGAUGUACGCGAUGGUCAUGAUUGUGUGCAUGAUUUAUUCGUUUGCGGAAAUACCGGAGACCAAAGGGAAGACUUUGCAGGAAAUACAAGAGAUGCUACAGGAGAGGCAGAAAGGAAAGAAAAGUUCAAAAGAGAAAGAGAUAACAAAAGCAGCUCGAUAGCAAAUUGUCUAUAAAUUUUGUAUGAAUAAAAUAUCGUAUAAAUAAUUAAUGAUCUCAAUAAAUGCUUUUAAUUACUCUCAA